UCAGUUGUCCUCGCCGACAAAGGCCCUGCCUCACCACCGCGCCCUUCCUCGGCGCUCUCCACCGCGAUUAACAGGAUGAUCUCCCCAGUCAGUGACCUCGUCGAUUAUGCUGCCGCCCGGAGAACAUCCGUACUCCCCGUGCCCAUGCGCUACCGUGGAAACCCGGACUCGAGACAUAGUAUUGGGACCUCGUCCGACGUGGCCGCGAGCGUGUCGAGCAGUCCGCGCGGUUCGACUGGUGGGUGAAGUUUGCUGCGCACCUGACAGGGCAGUUGGAUCGUCGUCGUCGGCGCGCUGGCAGCACGACAAGUUUCACCCCAGCGGCCGCUGGUCUCCUUAUGAGAGUGAUUCUCGCCCGUAUACCCCUCGCAACCGCCAGUCUCGCUACGAGAUGGACUCUCGCGCGCACACUCCCCGCAGCCACCAGUCUCCCUGCGACAGAAAAUCUCGCUCGCACAACCGCCAGAGCGAGCGGCAGCCCUCUAAAACGCAUGGAAGCAAGCCGAGCUCCCCUACCAGGAGGUCGUUCGAAUCCACACCUGUAGCCUCGGCGAGUGCAAGAAGCGGCGCGCGUCGUGCGUUCAAUGCCGACCAGCCCUCUCACUCCGAGAUGACUCUCGGAUCGCCUAGGAGCCUCGCCCUUCUGGCCUCCACCGAGAUCGCCGCUGAAGUCGAGGAGCCUGUCGAAAACGAGUCGACGGCUUCAGUGUCCAUCAACAGCCCGCGGGCGGGUAGCGGCAUGUACUUUGCCGAUGCCGACGCGCUCUUCGACGCUUUGCUGCGAUCCCUCGAUGAGCCUGACGACGAGAUGGGGGGGCAGUGUCUUCUAGCAAACGAAAUUGAACUCCCGUCCUGUGGCGGCGGAGGCGGUGAGGUCCCGAGCGGCAGCAAGCGCAAGCGCGCUGAGUCUCGGGAGGAGGGAGAGAGCAGCGACGCUACGGAUGAACACGGUCCUUUUGUUGGCAAGAAGUCCAAGUUGUAAUACGACGAGGUGGAGGAUGGCGCGUGGACAGCUGGACAGAAUGUGUGUAGGUGUUCAACGGAAAUGCGGUCGGGACGAAGGGACGUGGUUAGUGGACCACCUCCACCUUUGGAAAAGUGGUCUGUGUGCCUGGGCUGCCUGGGCGUUGACAUUGCCGCGAUAGACUGCAGAUCGGAUGCAAC